AUGGGAGUGAGCACCCGGCACCAGAGGGUGCACAGUGAGGAUGAGGGGUCGGACCGCGAGAUGCGGCAGCGCCGAAGCGGCGAACGCGGACAGGGCGGCGAGCGCGAGCGGCGCCGUGUGGACCCCGUUGUAAAGGAGGCACACAAGCGUGGCCUGGAUGUUGAGAAGCUGCACGGCAGCAAGACCCCCGCCUGGCGCAACCUGCGUGGCCGGACGGGGGGCCCAAAGAAGCAGUCCUACUUUGAUGGGCCAGAGGAUGAGGAGGACGAGUUGGAGGACAAGCCAUCUGAUGGGGAGAGCAGCGAGGGCGAGGAGGAGGAUGGCAUGGUCGAGGACACGGAGCUCCAGCCCCGGUACGAGCGCCGCGUGCGCCAGACGGUGCAGCGUUACAGCCCCGUAAAGGAUGAGGCCCCGCCCCUCAAGGAGGACGGCCCGCCCGCCACCAAGAUCUCUGGCAAGCGCCGCACCUACCAGCAGGACAGGGGCGACAGCGACAGCGACGAGUCGAGGCGCUGGGUGCAGGAGGGCGGUGCCGACGACCCAGACCACGACAAGGAGCUGUUUGCCCUGCGCUACUCAGUGCGGCAGCGCCGGCAGGUGGAGUUCUUUGAUCCGGUCAGCUACGACGGCGAGCUCGGCAGCCAGCAGCCCAUGGACAGCGUGCCCCACCCCAGCCGCAAGCGGCGGGAGCGGGAGGAGGGCAAGCGGCGGGAGCGGGGGAGGUCGGACGAGUCUGGCGAGGAGGAGCAGCAGGAGCGGCGGCAGUACUCAUUCCGGGACCGCGCCCUGGUCACCAUCAAGCCCGCCAGCCAGCAGCCGCCCUCGCAGGGUGGCGGCGGCGGGCUGUACCGCCAAGGCAGCGGCCGUAUUGCCGCUGGUGGCGGCCACCACGAGCGCAAGCGCUCCCGCCUCGAGCGGCGGCACGGCGGCGGCCACAGCCGCCUGCACCGCACCAACAGCCGUGGCCGACUCAGGGGUGAUGAGGAUGAGGUGGACAAUCCAGAGGAGGGCGAGGACCUGCGUGCGGUGGGGCACUACCGUGGCGGCGGCGGGAUGCCGGGCGGCGGCGCCGCCCCUGGCGCCGCGCCCUGGGACCUGGUUCAGUCGGCGGCGGCCAGCCUGCCGCUGUCGCACAUGGGGCGGGAGAAGGCGGGCAAUGCGGAGAUCACGCCGCUGCAGGUGGACCCGUCUGUGACGUUUGACACCGUGGGCGGGCUGGACCACUACAUCAAGGCCCUCAAGGAGAUGAUCUUCCUGCCGCUCGUCUACCCGGAGCUGUUUGAGCGCUUCCACAUCGCGCCGCCCCGCGGAGUGCUCUUCUACGGGCCCCCAGGGACGGGCAAGACGCUGGUGGCGCGCGCUCUGGCCGCGCACGCCAGCCGCGCGGGCAAGAAGGUGUCCUUCUUCAUGCGCAAGGGCGCCGACGUGCUGUCCAAGUGGGUGGGCGAGGCGGAGCGCCAGCUGCGCCUGCUGUUUGAGGAGGCGCAGCGCCACCAGCCCUCCAUCAUCUUUUUCGACGAAAUAGACGGCCUGGCGCCGGUGGGUGGGCAGUUUGACCGCGAGCUCGUGUUCCCGCUGCCCAACCUGUCCGCCCGCGCCGACAUCCUGCGCAUCCACACAGCCAAGUGGGCCGACGCGCCCGCACCCGACCUCCUCCAGGAGCUGGCCUCGCUGUGUGUGGGCUACUGCGGCGCAGACCUCAAGGCGCUGUGCACGGAGGCGUCCCUGGCCUCCCUGCGCCGCCACUACCCCCAGAUCUACGACGCCGACGAGAAGCUGGUGGUGGAGCCGGGGCGGGUGCGGGUGGCGCGCCGUGACUUCCUGGCCGCCCUCCAGACCAUCACGCCAGCCUCCCACCGCUCGGCGGCGGCCCACGCGCGGCCCCUGCCGCCGCUGGUGGCCCCCGUACUGCUGGACCACCUGCAGCGCGUCACCGCCCAGCUGCAGGCCGGCUUCCCCGCCGCCGCCGCGUGCCUGCGCUCCGGCUUUGGAGGCGCGCGCAACCCCGCCGCCGGCUUUGGCGCCGCAGCCGACGGCGACGUGGCCGGUGGCGGCGGCGACCCGCUGGGCGGCUUCAGCUGGGCCUCGGGCGCCGGGCUGGGCGUGCAGCGGCCCCGCCUGCUCAUCUGCGGCCCCGAGGGCACGGGGCAGGCGCACCUGGGCCCCGCGCUGCUGUACGCUCUGGAGGGGUUGCCCGUGCACGCCAUCGGGCUGCCGGCGCUGCUGUCGGAUGCGGGGGCGCGGGCGCCGGAGGAGGCGCUGGUGCACGCGGUGGUGGAGGCGCGGCGCGCCGCGCCCGCCGUCCUCUUCCUGCCGCACUUGCAGGUGUGGUGGGACACCGCCCCCAACUCGCUGCGUGCCACGCUGUGGAUGCUGCUGGCAGACCUGCCGCCAGACCUGCCCCUGCUGCUGUUUGCCACAGCCGACGUGCCCGCCUCGGAGCUGGACCCCUCUGUGCAGCAGCUGUUCAAUGUGGCCUCUGGCGGCGCCUACCAGCUGGAGCCGCCCACCGCCGACCAGCGCUCUGCCUUCUUCGGCGGGAUCGCCGCCGCGCUGGCGCUGCCGCCGCCGCCCGCGCCGCCGCCCGCGCAGGCGGCGCCGCGCCCCGAGCCGCUGCCGGCGCUGCCGCGGGCGCCCGAGGCGGAGGCGGCUGAGCGGGCUGCCAAGAAGAAGGCGGAGGAGGCGGCGGCGAGGCAGCGGUACGAGGAGGACCAGGCGGUGCUGCGCACGCUGCGCAUGACGCUGCGCGAGCUCACCAUGCAGCUGCUGGGCAGCAAGCGGUGGGAGGUCUUCUGGGGGCCCGAGCCCGCGGAGUCAGACUGGUGGGACAAGGUGAGCGAGCCAAUGGACUUGGCCACCGUGCUGUCCCGUGUGGAUGGGCGCCAGUAUGCCACGCCCCACGACUACCUGGCUGACGUGGCACGCAUCUGCUCUCGCGAGCACUGGGGCCCCACCCCUGGGAGCGAGGGGGUGCGGGAGAUCAGCCGGGCGUGUGCGUUGGAGGAUGAGGCGCGCGGCGCGCUGGCGCGGGCGGUGCCCGCUGAGCUCCUGGCACGGCUGGAGGAGAUGGUGGUGCAGGGAGGGCCCACGCCGCCGCCGCCAAGCCUGCUGGCUGUGCCCGGCGCGGCGGUGCCAGUGGAUGGCAAGACCCCCGCAGCCCACAUCCAGGCGCGGCGGCCCGGCCUGGCCGCCCGGCCUCAUAGCGACGAUGCGGCGGGGCGGCGCGCCACGCGGCACGCCGCCAGCCCCAUUGACAGCCGCCUGAUGCACACUGACCCUGAGGCCAUGCGGCGCCACAUCUUGGCGCAGCGCAAGCAGGAGCAGCAGCUUCUGCAGCAGGAGCAGCAGUCGCAGGCGGCGGCGGCGGCCACGGCCGCGGCCGAGGCCGAGGGCCUGCAGCGGGAGCAACAGCAAGAGCAGCAGGAGCAGCAGCCCGAGGGCAAGGCCGCGGAGGCGGAAGAGGCAGCUGUGGCUGCUGGCGCUGGCCCCUCGGCGCCUGCCAGCUCCGCUGGGCAGGAACGCGAGGUGUUGGUGGAGAGCACCAAGGAGAACCUCCCUGAUGCGGCGGCCGCCGCAGCCGCCACCACCCCUGGCGCUGCUGCCGACAGCGCUGCUGCCGCUGCCGGCGCCAAGGCGGCCAAGGGCACGCUGACUGCCAUUGUGGAGCAGCAUGGUGGCAGCAGGCUGCGGCGCGAGGGCAGCACCCAGCAGGCGCUGGCCAAGCAAGCAGCCGCGGCAGCACCCGAGGAGCAGCCGGAGCCGCCCCCGGCGGCAGAUACCGCGGAGCAGGGUGGGGCUGCAGCGCCAGAGGCGGCGCCACCGUCCCGUCAGCCAACCGAGGUCGACCACGCUCGCGUGGGCAAGCUGCAGGCGGCGCUGGUGCAGCACACCCAGGGGCUCGUGUUGGACAACCUGGAGAGCAUUCACGCCAAGCUCAGCAGGCUGGCUGUGGACCAGCGGCUGGCUCAGGACCGGGACCAGGUGGCGGAGGCGGCGCUGGCUGCUGUCCGCGAGUGGCGCGCGGCGCGCCAGUAG